UUCAACGCCAAGGGAUGCACAGGUGGGUACACCUGUGUGGAAGUCAAGCUGUUGCUUAUUCUGGGAGCCCAGUGCGAGGCUGGGGGAGGUGGGCGCGGGGCUAUUUCAGCAUUGGCGGAGGGCGGGCUUGGUCACUGCGCGUCUGCUCCUCCUCCUCGCGUUUCUCCUGCCGCCCUGAUCCCGCCUUAGCCAUGAGGGAGAUCGUGCUCACGCAGGCCGGGCAGUGCGGGAACCAGAUCGGCGCCAAGUUCUGGGAGGUGAUCUCUGAUGAACACGCCAUCGACUGCACUGGCACCUACCACGGGGACAGCCGCCUGCAGCUGGAGCGCAUCGAGGUGUACUACAAGGAGGCCUGCGGUGGCAAGUACGUGCCCCGCUCUGUGCUCGUGGAUCUGGAGCCGGGCACCAUGGACUCUGUGCGCUCGGGGCCCUUCGGGCAGAUCUUCAGGCCGGACAGCUUCAUCUUUGGUCAGAGUGGGGCCGGAAACAACUGGGCCAGGGGGCACUACACAGAAGGCGCGGAGCUGAUGGAGUCAGUGAUGGACGUUGCCAGAAAGGAGGCUGAGAGCUGUGACUGCCUGCAGGGUUUCCAGCUGACCCACUCCCUGGGUGGGGGGACGGGGUCUGGGAUGGGUACCCUUCUGCUCAGUAAGAUCCGGGAGGAGUACCCAGACAGGAUCAUAAACACAUUCAGCAUCCUGCCCUCGCCCAGGGUGUCAGACACGGUGGUGGAGCCCUACAACGCCACCCUCUCCGUCCACCAGCUCAUAGAAAAUGCAGAUGAGACCUUUUGUAUAGACAACGAAGCGUUAUACGACAUCUGUUCCAGGACCCUGAAACUGCCCACGCCCACCUGUGGUGACCUGAACCACCUGGUGUCUACCACCAUGAGUGGGGUCACCAUGUGCCUGCGCUUCCCAGGCCAGCUGAAUGCUGACCUGCGGAAGCUGGCCGUGAACAUGGUCCCAUUUCGGCUGCAUUUCUUCGUGUCUGGCUUUGCCCCACUGACCAGCCGGGGCAGCCAGCAGUACCGGGCCCUGACCGUGGCUGAGCUUACGCAGCAGACGUUUGAUGCUAGGAAUAUGAUGGCCGCCUGCGACCCCCGUCAUGGCCGCUACAUAACGGUGGCUACCAUUUUCAGGGGUCGCAUGCCCAUGAGGGAGGUGGAUGAGCAAAUGUUCAACAUUCAAAAUAAGAACAGCAGCUACUUUGCUGACUGGCUCCCCCACAACGUCAAAACAGCUGUCUGUGACAUCCCACCCCGGGGGCUAAAAAUGUCAGCCACCUUUAUUGGGAACAACACGGCCAUCCAGGAACUCUUCAAGCGUGUCUCAGAGCAGUUUACAGCAAUGUUCCAGCCCAAGGCCAUCCUCCACUGGUACACCGGCGAGGGGAUCAGGAUGCCACGGCCGAGGAGGAGUUUGAGGAGUAUGCUGAGGAGGAGGAGGCCUAGAACUUUCCUUUCCUAGGUAAAGGGGGGGAAGCGAUGUGGAUUGUUUACUGUGUUCUGACUGCCAUGUGUCGCUACGCACUUGUUCGUUUGUGUCUUCACCUUUCCUCCUGCUGCAAUUUAAAGCAUUUUUAUAGUA